ACUGCAUUAGUCCACGGGCUACUUCCAUUACGAGUGUUCCGCCACAGUAAAGCGUGCAAGAUUCAAUGGCUAUAUAAGCCAUGUACAUAGUAGCGGCUGUAAGUCACUGAUCUCUCAGAAUGAACCCUCUCAUCUUUACCGACGCUUUUACAUCGACCCAUACCGGUGUCAAACAAUGCUUUUGCGGCAAACCGACCAUCGAAGAUCACGAUUUCUGGUUUUGCUCUCCCGAAUGUGCUCGCGCAGAUUCUUUGCGUACUCUAGGCGGCCAAGGCGACUACCAUUAUCGCAACAUCAUGCAGAAGGCAUGUUCCAAUUCGGCUGCUCCAAAGCAUGUGCUAUUGAGGCACAAGUCGGAGCGUCAGCUUCGCAGUGUUUCGAUCGCGAGGCGUGGUUCCGUAUCGCAGCAGGCUCAACAUUUCCCGAAGCCAACGAAGACCCUCCACACGCUGGAAGAGGUUACGACCGAAAUUCUUGCUGGAGAAGGCAGAUCCGAAGGCAUAAACACUUCUGUUCACGGUCCUGUCGCGAAGAUUCCAAGAGAGUCAUCGGUAACUGGAGCAAUAUUACAAGAAAUGGAAGAGGAAAACGAGGAAGAGGCUGCUUGGCAGAAACUUGCGAACCACACGGAUGAUAGGUCAAAGCCCCCUACCUUGGAUUGGCACCAUGGAGUCGGACAGACUACUGCUAAUCGGCGAUCACGUUUCAUUCGUCGCUCGGCUUCGUUUGCAUGCUUGGACGAACAAAUUGCAUACUGGAACGGCGAGAGGGGACCUGUAAUGGAGGUAGUGUUCCAACUUCGUCAAGCGUGGAACGAGAUGACAGAGACAGACAUCAUGCCGGACUUUGAGAAGUCGGACUCGGACGAGGAGGAUUAGCUAGUGAGUCAUUUGAAAUGACUUGGAGCUUGAUACGAAUAUGCCACACUAUGUACUAUGUUACUAUUACUUGUGUUACGACUCGUACAAUAAUUUCUGUAUCCCUAGACUCGUGUUCGAAACAGCCUGGAAGGGGUUCAAGAACAAACGAUUGCCGAUCGCAUUGACUUACGUGUGACUUCCGGCUAAUCAUGCAGCAUUUCUCCAAUUCGCCUCGGAUCCUACUCUUGUAGAUAUCAUUGGGAGCCUUUAAAGCGAGCACGGCACAAUUCGCUCGUACGACGCACACUAUCACCGCCCCACCACCGUGAUCUCUUUCUGUUUCCUACGAUCAUGUCCUCUGACGCUCUCUUGACUCAGAUCUUAGCCCAACUCAGUGCACUUCAGGUCUCUCAACAGACCCUGCAGGCCAAGGUAAAAUAACGCUCCAGGCUAUAAAUAUGAAGACUGAUACAGCUCACAAAUCAGUUGGAUACGUU